CUCGAGUCUCGCUUGGAUGGACUUCUUGAUCGACUGCGUCUCUUAUGCCGCCUUCGGUCAUCCUCACUCUCAUCGAAAUCGGAUGACUCUCUUUUAAUCAACGGCUCAAAAUCUCGGCCCAUCAACGGUGGAGGUCGACCUAUGCUAUUAGGCGUAGACGAUGAGAAUCGAUUCUGACCAAACCCUGGUGGUGGAAGCAUAGUAUUGAAACCAGGGGGCGGCAUGCUAGUCAUUGGCAUCGCCAUCUGAGGUGGACGCAUGCCAGGAGGUGGCAGGGACGGAUUGAAUCCUGGAGGGGGCAUUGACAUAUCCAGUGUGCUUCCUGACCCUAGUGUGGGUAUGGUUUGUGGUUCCAGAUCGACUCCAGGCGGUCCAUCCACACCAGGCGGGCCAAUAAUAUCAACACCGGGAGGACCAUCCAUCAUAUGGAUCGGAGGUACAGUCGCCUGUGCAGGCGGCGGCGCAGAUGGAGGUAUCCCUGGUGGAGGCUUACUGAAGUCAACAACUGGGGCAGGUGUUGGUGUCACUCCAGGAGGUCCUGUUGGCGCAUUCGAUGGUUGUGGACCGGCUAUGACCGUUCUCAUAAUUGGCUCCGAGGUAUCUGUCGCAAGCUUAUGAUAAUGUGGCUUGAACUUUCCACCGUUAUCCGUUAGGACUUUUACGGCUCCUUCAGUUAGCGGUACCAGUUGGCGGCCUCCAGUAGGCGGCAUUCCAAGCGGAUUUGCAAGAUUAAUCGAUGAGAAUAGUGCCUUAUUGGCUGCUGCCUGAUUACCGUAUUCUUGUCUCAACUUCUUUUGUCGCUCACAAUAGGCAUUCCAUGUAUCUUCUGUGAACCCAUAAUUAAAGUAAUCAGUAAUGUCAGCUCCAGGUUUUCGCCAGGGGCGAUCCUCCAUUUGGGCAAGAUCGAUAUCGUAAAUCGGCUUGUCGUUAAGCAUUGGGACAGCAUCAAUGUCCAGCUUGCCAGUUUGACUAACAUCGCCGUUUACAUCCAAGGAACCUUUAAGACUGUAUUGGACGUUCACUGGUGGUAUCACACCAAUAGUUACCUCAACAUCGUCAUCGUCAUCUUCAUCUCCAGAGUCCGCAAGCGGAUCUAAAACCUUCAACGAUAAACAUCGUAAAUAA